CCCAUCACCACUACCAAAAUGUCCACCACCACCCUCCCAGAGGGCUGGCACAUCCCCCUCACCCAAUGGUUCACCGUGCAACUCAUCACCGCGACGACAGUGGCCUUCACAUCAGCCUCAUCCCCACUACGCAACGCAGCCGCCAUCCUCGCCUUCGCAACCGCCUACUCGGUACAACUCAGCGCACAAAAAUACCUCCCGGGAACGCGCUUCGGCGCCCCAAUCGUGGCUAUGUGCUGGAUUAACGUCCUCAACGCAAUUGACCUGCUUAUUCUCAGUCGCGCAUCUUACGAAGCACAACAAGAAUAUAAUGCCAAUUCCAAAUCAAACCCCAACCCAACUACCUCGAAACCACUCCCACACCCCGGGCCAGGACUAGCACUAGCACUAGCACUAUGCAAAAGAUACAUCUGGUCCCUCGCCCUCACAUUCAACUACCGCCGCAUCAACACCCCCUGGCAAAUCCGCUCCUUGCCACAUUUCAAUCCCGACCAGCCGGGUUACAUCCCAACAAGAACCCGCUUCUUAGUCACCUCCGUCGCGAAACUUAUCUUCUCCGUGGGGAUCGUUCAUAUAUUCACUAUAGAAACAUCAGACCUCUACCUCAACCACGCAGUCAGCCAUCUGCCUACUAAACCGGGGGAGAUUCUUUUCCCGUUUCUGUAUCCUAGUUCUGCGACGCUGGGAUGGAAAAGAGAUCUUGUUUUAAGGGUGUUGUUUACUCUUUCGUUUGGGGUCGUUGCUCGGGCGACGAUAGUAGCGGGGUAUACCCUCUUCGCUGUGUUGUUCGUGGGAAGUGGAUUGCAUCAGCCGCGGAUGUGGCCCCCAGUUGAGGGGGGGAUUUGGAAUGAGGGGUGGUGUUUGAGGGGGUUUUGGGGAAAAUCAUGGCACCAAACCCUCCGCGCUCUCCUCGUCUCGAAUGCAGAUUUCCUCUCCUCAUCGCUCCACAUCCCCAUCCCAUUACGAACCCCCUUCAGAUUCAUCUUCUGUUUCUUCGUCUCGGGGAUAAUCCACCUCCUUAUGGACGUUGGGUUUGGGGUGAGCAUUCCUGAGAGUGGGGCGUUGUGGUUCUUUAGUUUGCAGGUUUUGGGUGUUUUGGUUGAGGUGUCUGUGGGGAGAGUUUUGGGGAAGGGUUUGGGGGAUGUGGGGAUGUGGGUGAAGAAGGGAGUGGGGUUUGUGUGGGUGGGGGCGUUUAUGCUCUGGAGUGUGCCCGUUUGGGUCAAUCCUAUUUUGGUAAGGUUGUUUGCUGAUGGGGUGAGGAUGAUGUCUCCGUUUUUGGGGUUUGGGGGGUGGGUUAUUUGA